AUGCCUGUGGCUCAACCUGGAGCUGGGGCUCGCGGGCUGUCGGGUGCUGGUCACCUGAGUGGGCAAAGGUCCUUUGAUGUGAACCUUCAGGCUGUUAUCCAGGUGUCCCAGAUCAUAGCCAGGGGCUUGAUGGCCCAAGGAGCCCCAGGGGCCAUUGUGAAUGUCUCCAGCCAGGCCUCCCAGCGAGCAGUGACUAACCACAGUGUCUACUAUUCCACCAAGGGUGCCCUGGACAUGCUGACCAAGGUGAUGGCCCUAGAGCUCGGGCCCCACAAGAUCCGUGGGAAUGCAGUGAACCCCACAGUGGUGAUGACACCCAUGGGCCAGGCCAACUGGAGUGACCCCUAAAAGGCCAAGGCCAUGCUGGACCAUAUCCCACUGGGCAGGUUUGCUGAAGUGGAGAACGUGGUGGACGCCAUCCUCUUCCUGCCAAGUGACCGAAGCAGCAUGACCACAGGCGCCAUUGUGCCAGUAGAUGGGGGCUUCCUGGCCACCUGAGCCCCUUUUUACACACACCUCAGCCCCAUGCAGAGCCCCCUCUUCCCUAAUA